AAAGAGAACGAGCGAGCGAAACAACGUCGUGCGGGAGCAAGAGACGACGACGAGCCACAACGUAGCCUGCUCUUCAUCUUCCCUUCUUCCACAACAGCCGCUUCAUCACGCCUCCGUUAUCCUGCCGUUGGGCCUCAUCAUCGUCAUACCGGGCCGCGUCUCAUCAUCGCCCUUGCCUUUGCUCUGACUCCAAAGCCGACCCGCCUCCGCGCGUGCCUGGCUACUAUCGUCAUCGCCAGCCAAUCCCGCCGCAUUGGCGAGCCCAAUUCCCUCUUCCUUUCUUCCUUCGCCCAAUCAUCUCGACUCGCCGCGCGUCCAUCGCGAUCUUCUGUGAUCUGGAGGGCCUGCCCAAGGCCCCCAUCGAACGAUGCGUGCCGAAGUCCUCUCGUCCAACUUCGACCUCCUCAACUCUGGCUUGACGGCUGGUCGCUCCAUCUUCGGCAACCGCAACAACAACGGCACCGGCAGCAGCACUAGCACUAGCAGCAUCCCCACUCGCACCAGAGCACCAACGCUACCUCUGCGAACCCGUCGUACUCGCAGCGGCAACCGGAACGUAUCGCUCAAGGAGAAUAGCAACGCAGAAUCAUCAGCAUCAGCAUCAGCAUCGAACAAGGCUACGACUUCCACGACAAUGCCUUCGCUCCCACGCUUCCUCAAGACGUCGAGGGCAGCCACGAAUGGCAGCGCGAGGGGGGCCUCGUCUUCUGGCACCGCCAAGUCGUCAUCAGAGCCGACUACCGACUCUCCAACAGGAGGCAAGAAGCGCAAGAGGCGUCCAGCUCCUGCUCCGAUUCAGCAGCUGGCCAACACAAAUACGCGCUCCAGUAGUGGAGCAUCGACUCGCUCCUCCAUGCGAUACCGAGGAGGCGCGCCCGUCUCCCAAGCUUCCAUCGACUCAGCUCCUCUCUCCAGGUCAGACUCGGAAUCGAGCGUGGGCUCAGUAGCCUCUCGCAAUACCUCGCAGUCAAGCCUCAGCCUCAGGCGCGACCUCGACAACAUGUUCAUCCAAAGUCAAUCGCCCGAAAGCUCGCCCACUAGUCGACGAGCUCGCGUCGGACGUGGUCAAGCGACAUCAACCUCCGCGAGCAACCUGCGUCGCCGCUCAAGCAAAGUCCAGCACGAAUCAGAUGGCGAGGACAUGUUCGACGACGAGGAGCCAGCUGAAGUCGAAAGACGCGAACAGCUUCUUUUCGACGCUCCCGUGUCACAGCUGGAACGCCAUCGUAAGGCUGUCCUCGCUCGUCUGGCUCUGGAGGCCGGUAUCAUCGUCGCACCUGCAAUGACCAAAUCGCUCAUCAUCGAGGCCAUCGUUGAGCACAGGAGCGCAGCAGCAUCCUCGUCAGCCCCGUCACUGCGUAGAAAGCCAGUCUCUGUCGCUCGCUCAGACUCAGCAGAUUACACAGAUGAGAACAGCGAUGAGGAGCAAGGGCAUGAGGCCGGUGGCGAAGAGACCGAGGCUGAAGUGGGUCCAGUCAAGGGAUUGAAUGGCCGUACUCGCCGACCGCUGAGGACCAAGAAGGCUCUCGGCGUCGUCAAUGCUACGGCCUCGGCAGCGGCGGCAGCCGCAGCCAACAGCCGCCUACUACCAAGGCACAAUGGCUCCGAUGACCCCAAUAUUACCGCUGCAUCGCCUAUGGUCAAUCGUCUUCGCAAGCAAAAGUCGAUCCACUUUGCUUCCUCACCAGUGCGCCCUCGAGGCCGAGCCAAGAAGGCUGCCGAGCAUCACUCGCCCCUCAAGCCUCUCCCGAGACGCAAACUUCAUCGUCAUCUCACGGCCGUUGAAGCGGAGGCUGGUGGCGAUGACGAUCACAUGGACGAAGACUGGAUCGACGACAUGCCGCCCGCCAAAGUCGCUCGCCGUCCGACACGCCGCCCGCAGCGCAAGGCAAAAGCCGAGGCUAAGCAGCAUCUGACUGAGAUGUCCGACGAGGAAAUGGACGAUGCUUGCGACUCCUCAUAUCGUCGCGCAAACCUUGGUGAAAGGACCUCAUCACCCGUGGCCUCGACAUUCGACGACGAUGAGACCGAGACAGACGUCGCCGACACUCAGGGCGAAGAGGGCGACGGCGAGGAAGGAGAGUCUGAUGAUGACGAUGACACCGCCACUCAGAUCGGCGUCCCUGCUGGUGAACACGAAGACGGCGAUGAUACGUACAUCGACUCCGACUCGACAGACACCCCCGACGGCCAUGCCGUUCGCCUCGCCUCGCCAUCCAGCCCCGCGAAGAUGAGACGCUUACGCAAUGGUAAGCUGCGCAUUGUUAAGCAGGCAGUGCCCGAUGUCCAAGACACCGACGUCGAAGUGGAAUCCCAGCUCAGCCUCGCGCCAGCCACUCCGAAGCCAAAGAACAGGACAAAGGCCAAUGGCAAGGCGCGAAGAGGCAGCAACACCGCUGGUAGCGGGGCUGAUAGCGAUCGCACCUCGCGCGGCUCGCAUCCUGAGGCUGAUCCCAAAGCCAAGGCCAAGCUUGCUACCCCUCAGCUCGAGUCAGAGAACGAAGAAGCCAAGUCAGCCGACCCUGAACACAUCGACGAGCUCAACGGCCUCGACCUCGAAAGCCUCAAUCUCACCGACAAGGAGAUCGCCUCGAAACAGCUCUCCAAGACAAGCAAGAUCGGCUCUGGCGGCUUCAAGGACGUCUACGUUGGUAUCUGGCGCGUGGGAAAGCGUCGCAACAAAGUUGCCAUCGCGGACAUCCGCGAGAAGCUGACCGAGAUGGACAUCAAGGAGCUUGGCCUGCUGCGCGACCUCAAGCACGAGAACAUCGUCCGCUUCAUCGGCGUGAGCAUUCCAGACGACACGGCCCGCACUGGCAUACCGUGCAUGAUCGUCUCUGAGUUGUGUUCCAACGGCGAUCUCUGGGACUACAUCCGCAACGUCAAGGCUCCGUCCAAUCUGGACAUUUUCCGCAUGCUCCUCGAGACGGCGCGUGGGCUCGAGUAUCUGCACAUGCACUCCAUUGUGCACCGCGACGUCAAGUCGUCCAACGUACUCGUAACCCGCUCACGCUCCUGCAAGAUCAACGACUUCGGCCUCGCCCGUGUCAAAAAGUCACAACGUUCCAAGAUGCAUUCCGUCGUGGGCACUGUCAACUGGCAAGCCGUCGAGCUCUGGUGCGCUGCCCCUCAGUACAAUGAGAAGGUCGACGUGUGGAGUGCAGCCAUGACCUUUUGGGAGACGCUGCAGUGGCAUGAGGAGUACAAGUCGUAUCCCUUUGAGGGGAUGAACGAGUUCAUGAUCUACGAGGAGGUUGGGAAGAAGGGGCUGAGGCCGAAGACGGACAGGAUCGCCGAGCUGUUUGGCGACGAGAUCGUUAGGCUAUUGAACAGGAUGUGGGACACUGAUCCAAGGAAGAGGCCUACGAUGGAUAUGGUCUGUGCGGAUUUGGAGCACUUGAUUGAGACGAAGAAGUUGGAGGCGGGCAUUUGAGUGCGGCGACGAGGAGCAGGAAAGGAGAAGAAGCGAUAGCCAGAGCGCUACACGCCAGCACACUCGCACAGGCAAAGAUACAUCAACGCAGCAACAACAUCAUUACUACCGCCAUCAUCACCAUCAAAUCAUUGUACAUUCCCCCUCACUACCCAGCGCGUCGAGCUCCCCUCUCACUCGCCUCCACCAUCAAGCAGAAUCUACACAUGCCGCUCACGUAAGGCAGUCCCCCUCUUCACCCCACUCCUUCUGUAUUUGUUCAUCGUUCACUGUUCACUUCACAUCGGAUAAUUUCGUUACACGUCCGCUAGUCUGAUGCGUGUGAAGACAGUCUUGGUUGGGUGAGACGCAUCAGACAGUCUUGGUUGGGCGGGCGCCUCAUUCGUCAUCAUCCGAGUCCACUGCGCCCUCUCCCCU